UUAACCCCAUUUACAUGUUUCGGGUAGCUAAGUAAUUCACGAAGGUGGUUUAUAUGUGACUUUGUAGAGUUUCAGGACACUUCUUUGAGAGGAUACAGGAUUUCUGGCUCUGUUUUUAGCGGUUAGCCGGAGUGCUGUCGAUACUGUAAUCAGAGCUGUAAGGCUCGCCUUUAUAAGCAGCUAAAGAACAUAACCAGCCAUGUCGACCAUUUCCCAUGGCUUUAAAAGCAGCAAGCAGGACUUCACGUUUGGACCAUGGAAAGUCACAGCGGAAAAGACCCACAUCAUGAAGUCUAAGGAUAUUGAACGGUUAGCAGAGGAGAUGCACAUGCCCUCUCUUCCGGAGAUGCUAUUCGGAGACAAUGUUCUGCGCAUUCAGCACACUGAUGGGUUUGGCAUUGAAUUUAAUGCCAUUGAUGCUCUCAAACGUGUUAACAACGCACAGGACAUGGUGAAAGUGGCUUGUGCUGAGGAGUGGCAGGAAAGCAGAGCUGAUUCUGAACACAAAGAAGUGGUGAAGCGUUACGAUUGGACGUAUACGACAGAUUACAGAGGGACAUUACUUGGCGAGGACCUGCAGAUAAAGGUGACUUCCACAACAGAGCGGAUAGACUUGGAGAAACUGAAAGCUCGAGAGCAGAUCAUGUUCUUUGAGGAUGUAUUGCUGUUCGAGGACGAACUCCAUGAUCACGGCGUUUCCAUGAUCAGUGUGAAAAUUAGAGUGAUGCCCACUAGUUUUUUUGUGCUGCUGCGCUUCUUCCUGAGAGUGGAUGGAGUGCUAAUCCGGAUCAAUGACACACGACUCUAUCACGAGGCUGGGAAGAACUACAUGCUGAGAGAGUUUAGCACAAGAGAAAGCAAAGUGUCAGCUCUGCAGCAUGUUCCUCCUGCCUUCUACACAGACCCCAACGAGAUCGCUCAGCACUUACCACUCAAGUUCACAGAGUGUGAGAAGCUGGAGUUUCCCGAGCGAGAGACACCAGCUGAGACUGCUAAUGCGCCACAGUGACACACAUGUCGGGUCUUAUUUCACACAUUUCAAACCUCAGAGUAAGAGCACUGAUCUUUUAAUGUCGGUAAAUUAAACCAUAACAGAGGUGACAGCAGAACCCAGAUCAGCAUUCAUACUUUGAAGUAUUUUGAUGCAUACGAGCCCAGGGCUGGAGCUGUGAUGAGCUGCACGGCUGCUUCAGCCUGAGGAGACGCCCACGAGCGCAGGUCCAGCAUGCUCUCAUCUCACACUGAAGACUACCUUUUAUAAUGAAACACUUAGAGCCUGUCUCAGUCUGUGGCACUGUUACUGGAACAUCACUAUCAGUGUUGUCAUGUAAGACUCUUUGAGUUGUGUUCUCACUCAUGAUGUAAACAGAGAUGUCAGAGAUUGACUAAUGAUGAUUCUGCAUUUUUUUAUAAACCAGAAGUUCUGGAAUGUGAUUUUUGUGUGAAUAGUUUGGAGUUAUUGAUUACUGGUCUGGGGUUUUGUGGAUGAAGGGCAUUAGAACGGUGAAUAUUAAAAGGAAAUGUUUGGAAAAGUGCA